UGUGUUUGUUGACACUGGGUGAAGCAGCUACGAAAUUAUUUGCUUGAUUUUUAUUGUUUGAUCGUUCUCAGGACAACCGACUGUUCUUGAUGAACUGUGGGAAGUGUGGGCAGAGACAGGAGACAACUGGGCUACCACAGCAGGAGUGUUAUUUCCAUUUUGCCUUGGCUAUCGAAAAUUGCUAAUUGACUGCUCAGCAUCAACAUUCUUCCCUCUGUUGCUCUCCAUCUAGUGUCCUCAUGUUGCUGCUUCACCAACAUCACCAGCAUCACUUGGAAACAUUAAUGUAGCCAGCCUACAUCACCAGCAUCGCUUGGAAGCAUUAAUGAAGCCAGCUUGUGGCUGAUACAUCCAGUGCUCUCCUCCUGCAGCUCAUCUUGUUCAAGUAUCACUGCAAAGCAUCAGUGAAGAGCAUCAGCUGAUGUUCAUCUGCUCUCACAACCUCCUCCAGCAGCAGCAGCAUCACUCAGGGGCAUGAGCUGUGCCGUCUAAGCCUGCGCAGAACAUGGGGCACGACCUGUCCCUGUGAUGCCCUCUACAGGAUGUUCCAGCACCUCCCUGACACCAGCAUGCAGGACCCUGACUUGACGCAGAACGAAAAGAUCGCUUCUAACAGCGUGGGCUCAAGCGGCGGCAGCUACAACAUGAUGAAUACAAACCAUGGCGAGUCAACGGCAUCUCAAAGCCAUGCCACGGCUUUUUCUUCUGUCAUGUCGAUCGCCAAUCCUUUACUUGUGGAUGCUGUUGCUGGUCUCGGAUCCUAUAACUUAAUGACGCCCGGCAUGAAACUUUUGCCUGACAUUUUGCGUGGUCCGCGUGCUCAGUCUACCUCAGAGUCUACUCAUCAGCCACAUGUAGAGUACACACUGGCGUCUACCGUAGAUUAUGGUGCCAGUUCUAUUGCACAUCAUCAGCAGAAUGUGUCAUCUCACCUGCGCGACAUCACAGCUACCCUUGCGGUUUCUUCGGCUGCAUCCAGCGGAAUUUCCCGGCAGUUUAUACCUUCAAACUUUAAUUCAAUUCCAAUUGUUUCCCAAACCAUGACUCCUAUUUUACUUACACAAAAUGCCAUCACUGAAGCCAGUUAUAGAGACAUUCAACAUCAAAAUUCUGGGAUGAAUUCCUCCAUAUAUGCUGCUAAUUCUAAAAAUUACCAUCCAAGUUUUUGUCCCGGUGUUGAACUUGAUUUGACUUCACUAGGCAACAAAACUUUGACAUCGCCUGCACUUGCCCAUAUGAACGUUGGCGGGGAUCUCAUGAGAAAAUCUUCACCAAUUGCUUCAGUUGUCACUCAUGAUCAUAGCAAUUCUUGCUUGGGUCAAGUUUCCACUGCAUGUAAAAACGUGAGUAGUCGCAAUGCUCAUUAUAACGAUGAAAGAAGAGGUACAAACUUGGCUUCAGUUCAGGAGCAGAAGCUGGACAGACACAGCCUUUCGCACAUGACUCACUCCGUUGAUAUUAUACAGGACUUUUCUGGAACCAUUCACCACACACAAAUCCAACAAAUUCAACAUUUGGAACCUUCAGAAAAUGAUCAGUCGAAACGUCUCAAGUCUACUAUGAACAAGCAAUCAAAUAGCAAAAAUUACCAUCCUGGAUACGCGAGUUCGCAUCACAAUGUAGACGCGACGCGUGGUUGGGUUGAGGCUGGUGCGGUAGAAACCCAGGUUGGGAGCACAGCCAUGAGCGAUGGAUUGUCUGCGAAGCGUGACAUGGCUGUAACCAAUAAGCAAGUGUACGGGUUUCCAUACGCUUACGAUCAAAAAGUCCACGGCAACUCUGAAAAGUCGAAAGUUUGCAAUGAAAACAUUGACGAAGAUGUGCAAGAUGAGACAGAGAGCAAGGACUUUAUUGACACUUUGCCUCAAGAUUUACAAGACACUUAUCACCAUAAAGUAUUAAGCAAUGAGAAUAAUGAUGGCUCUGAUCUCUCUACGCCCAGUGAUGCAGAUGAUUUAAGAUCAAAUGGAAAUAGACAGCAAAAGUUCUUCAAGUGCUAUGACUGCGAUCUUGUUUUCAAGAGCAGUACUCAGUUGAAGAACCAUAACUGGCGGCACACCGGGCAAAAACCUUACACCUGUAAUGUCUGCCACUCCACCUUCACUCAGCACUCUAAUCUCAAGACUCAUCAGAGAAUCCACACUGGCGAGAGACCGUUCAAUUGUCUGGACUGCGGUGCAACAUUUACCCAGAUAUCGAACCUCAGAACUCAUCAGAAGACACAUACCGGAGAAAAGCCUUAUCAAUGCGACAUUUGUGACACUAGAUUUUCUCAAAUGUCCAAUUUGAAGAGUCACAAGCUUAUCCACACGGGUGAACGGCCUUUCAAAUGCGAGGAUUGUGGUGCCGAUUUUGUUCAAUCUUCACAUUUGAAAAAUCAUAAGAGAAUUCACUCGAAUGAAAGGCCUUUCCCGUGUGAGAGAUGUGGCGCCAAGUUUAGGCAGCUAUCCAAUCUCAAGACUCAUGAAAAAACACAUACAGGAGAAAAGCCUUUCGCGUGCGACAUUUGUGGCUCUGCUUUUGCUCAAAAGUCCAACCUCAAAUCUCACCGAGUAAAGCUUCAUCAAGUGCAGUACCCAAGCGGCGGCUACAGUGCGGGUAGGAAGAAAGUUCUGAACGUGCUUAAGAACUGCGUUUGCCCCGAGUGUGGGGCCAAGUUUUCUAUGAUGUCGAACUUAACAAUCCACAUGCGGAUUCAUACUGGAGAAAAACCAUUUUCUUGUACUGAAUGCGGUUCCGCCUUUGCUCAGAAAUCUAAUUUAAAAUCACACAUGAUCACCCAUUGUUCUGAUCGUCCUCAUCAAUGUCCUGAAUGUAACCUGGCAUUCAAGCAAAAGAAUAACCUGAAAGCUCACAUGCAGAAGAAACACUCGUUUAUAUUUAGUAAUAGUUCUUCACCUCGUGUUAAGAACCAAGAUACCCUGAACUUACGAUGUCCUACUGAGACUAGUCCCAGCGCUUCGUCGCUGAACAUAGAUGAACCAAUCGUUCAGAUACAAGAAUCUUCCAAUCCUGCCCAUAAUUUAACCGGAAAUAUGAGGUCUCACGAAACCGAGACCCUUUCCAACAACACUUGUCAGGCGGAUAACAAUGAAAUGUUUCCUACUAAUAAAGGCAAUACGUGUGCUACAAGUUGUUCAACUCAGUCUUCCAACGCAAAUGCUAGCAUCAGCAGCAGCAGCAGCUUCUCACGUACGGCAAGAGUUCCCCAGGCAUCUUCAAUGUCAACUUCUCAUGGUUUGCCUCAAUACAUUCAAGAUGAUUCGAAAUAUCAGCCUCGCAUGAAUAAUUGUCAAUCUGCAAAUGGUUCAUUACCUCACACUGCCAAUUCCCUUGAGCUAUGCCACGAGGAUCCACGUCGAAGAGUUGAUUCUGACGAACUACAGAGGAGUUUACCUCUUUUUAACCUAGAAUCUCAGUGCCCUAACUUAUCAGCCAUUUCACAGGAGUCUUUGAUAACAAUGAAUUCAGGUUCAUCACAUCCACAACCUAAAGUUGAAUCUAAUAAACCGCCGUUGGCACAUGCUAGGAAACUCGGGUUUUACGGACUAAAUGCAAAACCUGCUCCCCAGAGCAGCCAGCAGGGAGUUAACUCUGACGUGAAGACCGCCUCUAGAGGGCUACCCUCAUACGAUGAAGCUUCUCAAUGUCAGGAUCUCACGACUGACAUGAACGAAAAAAGUGUGCCAACGGGGAGCGCUGCCCCCCACCAACGUGUCAGGGAAGGCACUCAUAGUAAUACUACCGUCAAUGACGACCGCGCCAGGUUUGGUUGCCAAGAUAGCGGUGUUGAAACUUCAUCUUCUCACCACCGCGUGAUGAGUAGCGCCACAUGUCCCGUUAAUUAUGGCGGCAUGCAACAUGACUUUGAUUAUUCCUACCGCAGCGACGACAAGAAAUAUUAUGCUAGUCCCAAAGACGCUAUGCUUUUAUCGACGCGGUAUACCGAGGAGACCGAGGACCAGCUGGGAGAGGAUCUUCGGUCCACGGGGCUGCAUGAUUACGGCAAGAAUCUGCAUCGCAGCGCUGUCGAACCUCAUCACGUGAGGGGAAGUUCGACAGAAAAUUACCGGUAUAAUGACAGACGACAGCUAACCCUACACCAGCACCAGCCUCGUCAAGAGCUUCAUGAAGAUCAGCCAAAACGAGAACAGGAUUCUCCCGAGAACCAAGCUUUAGGCUCCCAUUUGAGAAGCAUGGAUGAAACUCAUCAUUUUAAUGACUCCGGAAUCGUGAAGUUUGAAACCUCAGGCAAUCACCAAGAAUCCAGUGAAACUCUGCAGAACGAUGAUCAAUACUGCCGUACCUACGCCAAAUCGGUGCCCAGGGGCGAAGGCCAUGCGCCUCGUGCUCUGUCUACGCAGCCUCUUGCCGAUGAAUCUUCGUUUGCUGCGCUCAAAAACUGGCCGAGGCUAUCACCUAAUUUGCGCCCACGGGAAGACAUGAUCGUUCAUGCUGCAGCCACAAACGUUCAUCCGGCAGACUCGAACGUUCAUCCUGCAGAUACGAACGUUCAAUCUGCCGACACGAACCUUGGGUAUACAAGACUCAUCGUACAAAGUCCCACUCUGCGUUACGCACAAGAUUCACACGCGCGAUCCAACAUCGAAGCGCAGCGCAUGGUGCAGGAGAGCUUACGCGCAUAUUUCCCUCCGGUGGGACAAGAAUGCGCACGAGAGGGAGAUCAUACGCGUGCGUCUGACUUCCCGGGAUCGUCGUGUUGUGCAGCAGAGAGAGAAGAAUCUAUCGAAGGCUUCAGGAAGAAGGAGGUUGUGUGCUCAGUCAAUGAUGUCAUCCAGUGCGAGGUUCGUAGUUCGUGCAAUGAGCCACGUACAGCUCAAUGCGUCCCUGAGAACCUAUGUCUUAGCGAACCCCAUCAGAACCGACCCUUAAUCCCCUCAACUUUGGACAGGGUCCCCUUCUCUCUAUCCACUGGCCAUCACCGUGAACAUAAUCCAUUGUCUCUUUAUACUCAGUCAUCUCUGGCCUCGAUGAAUCACCACCGAGAAUCACCCCUGCCCGCCAUGAGCUGCCAUGAACCAGAAUCACCCAUUAAUACCAAUAACAAUCGCCAGCUACAAUCACCCAUACCUCUCAUGAGUAACGCUACCAUCGAAGCUACCGGACUCAUGAAUAACUCUACCACUGAGUCAGCCAUGAGUGCGAUGGAUACCAGCUAUCCCCCACAGAUGUCCUCUUCAGGGCUCGGUCACCCUCCAGCCUCUCCUAUGGCAUUACACUACACGUCCUCACAGCUUCCUGACCGAUCUUCCCCAAAUGUGCCUGGGCCGAGAACCCCACACUUCGCAGCCCCUAGGGUGUCAUUUGUGCCCCAAGAUCGUCCUGCAUCAACCCAGUUCAAUAGCAACAACUUAUUCACGCCAGUCACGUCCGUCUUGAACAACUAUUCAUCGUCGCUUCGAGCGCCGGAUGUUGGUUUCAAUUCUGUAAGCUUACCUGACCACGUCCCUGAACUGCUUGCUGCUCAGCAGCAGCGAGCUGCUGAUGAAGUGCACUUCCGCCGCCCUCUGGGGUCACAGGCCUUCAGUGUUUCUUCGUCCCAGAAUGACGUUUACAUGCUGCAGCAGCGACAUGAUGACAGCCACUUCAGGGACUUGCAGAAUCCGGACCACGCUCUGAGGAUCAUAGAUUCACUUGUUCCUCCUCACCGAAUUGUGAGUGGCAGUUCUGAGGUUCAUUUUAUGCAGUCAGAUUCCCCUAACGAAGCUACAAUCAACGCAGAGUGUGCUCCAACUCAGGCAUAUUUGAGGGGACAUGAAAUGCCUCUUGAAGCUAUCAGCCCCGCCCCUUUAGUGCCUCAUCACCUUCGUCAGAAUCAUCCUCUGCCGCCUAUGUCAGGUCAUUACGAUUCGGUGCCUGACUCCUCUUGUUCCCCUGGUAUAAUGGGUGGGACUGUCAAGUAUACUUACGAUACCAGCAAGUACAGUCCUGAGUCGGUCAAGUAUAGUCCUGAUGGCGCCAAAUUCGCUUUCAACACCGUCGAUGUGAAGUGCACACCUCGGUACAUGGACUCAUGCGCCAUUGUUGACCAGCAGGCUGGACCUGGCCACCUACUGGGACCCCCAGUAUCUACUCAGGCUGCCUCCAGACCUCCAAGACCUAAGAAACCAAAGGAGCCGAAGCCUCCCCGCGCGCCCAUAGUGCACAAGUGCAAGCAGUGCGAGCGCGUUUUCAAGAACAGCACGCAGCUUAAAAACCACAUGUGGCGACACACAGGCGAGAAGCCCUUCACUUGUGACGAGUGCGGAUCAAAGUUCACCCAGCAAGGCAACCUGCGUGCUCAUCGCCGCAUCCACACGGGGGAACGUCCGUACGAAUGUCCGGUAUGCAAGCACUGUUUUACUCAACUGUCCACCCUCAAAACGCACCAGAAGAUCCACUCUGAUGAACGACCUCACAAAUGUACUUUGUGUGAAGCUGCCUUCAGGCAGGUUGCUAACCUCAAGACCCAUCAGGUGACACACACAGGAGAGCGACCACACAAAUGUGAGAUGUGCGACAAAGCCUUCACUCAAAAAUCAAACCUGAAGGCUCACAAGAACCGAGUUCACAAUCCUGAUGGUUCUUUCACCGGUGCCAGUCGUCGCGGUCGCAAGAAGAACUUGACGGCAAUGAAGCCGUUCUCGUGCGUUGAGUGCGCCGCCAAGUUCACCAUGAUGAGUAACCUGAAAAUCCACAUGAAACUGCACGCGGGAGCUCGCAACCACGUAUGCGAAGCGUGCGGGGCAGCGUUCAGCCAGCGUACCAACCUCAAAGCGCACGUCCAACGCAUGCACAAUUCGGUGAAAAAGAAGCUGAGGUGCGACGAGUGUCCCUCGAGUUUCCGUCUGAAGCGCUGCCUCAAAGCGCACAAGAAGAAACGCCAUCCCAUCAAAAGCCUCAAGAUCAAAAUUUUAGGAGAAUCUAAGUAUUUCAUGAGAGACAGAGGCACUGUAGAGUCUACUGAAGAGGACAGUAACAGCAUGGAUGAUGCUGAGGAGGGCGAGGACAGAUCUUACAUCGAAGAACCAUCCAACGACCUUAAAGAAUCAUUCAACGAUCAAGAAGAACUUUCUAGCGAGCUUAAGGAACCAAAACAAGAACCAUCAGACCCCGUGGAUAGCCCACUGUCCCCCCAGCGUGUGGAUUACUUUGGUUGUGUGCCAGGGGAGGAAGCAAUUCAUUCACGUGCCUCUGUUAGUCCAGGCAUUGAUAACGUGGCUGUUAAGCAGGAAAAUGUCAGACCAAAUAGUGAAAUUCUCGAUACUGGUCCUAAAAUUCCUCUACCUACUCAGCUACGUGCGGCUCCCGAAGAGUUAUUGCACGGGCAUUCUUCCAAAUCCAACUGUGGUGCCACUAAUUCCUUCUCACCUAAAAGUCACUUGCCUCAUUUAGUAAAUGAAACGGUCGAAAGCAAUCAAAUAACCUCGCCAUGUUACCCAGUGUCAAUGAACUCAGAGUUGAACUCACCACGUUCUACGCAAGAUUCAUGUCAUGGCGGUGAGUCCAUUUCCCUCGUAGAUUCAGCUAUUUCCCUCGUAGAAAACAUCGUCAAUCACCUGGGUAAUAAUAAGAACUCUUACGUCUCCCCGGCGGGACUGAUCUCUCCCGUCAGUGAUGAAGUCCUUGGUAAUAUUCAUGGUGGUAACAAAGAUAUGAGUUACGUGCCUACAGCUGGCGACCCCAUAGAGAAGGUGACUCAGCAACUCACUGUUCAUCUUCAACGUCUCACUGACGAAUUCAAACAUGACCGUGGCAAGGAAGAAAUGAGUGGUAGAGACCACAACAAUGAGAUGUUAUGCGACCACGAAACUGGUUCGAGUCAGUACACUUACAACACAAGUAGUGUGUCGCUCCAGACUUCUGGAGUACCUGUAACAGAGACAUUUGAGACCUUGGGUGACAAGGCCUAUCAAGUUGAGGCAGCCGCGGGUGACAAGGCCUAUCAAGUUGAGGCAGCCGCGGGUGACAAGGCCUAUCAAGUUGAUGCAACCCCUGUUGACAGAGGCUACCAAGUUGAGGCAGCCGCGGUUGACAGAGCCUAUCAAGUUGAUGCAGGCCCGGUUGACAGAGCCUACGAAGUUGAGACAGCCCCGGUUGACAGAGCCUACCAAGUUGAGGCCACCCCGGUUGAUAGAGACUAUCAAGUUGACGCAGCCCCGGUUGACAGAGCCUACCAAGUUGACGCUCGCUGCGGAAAGGCUAUUGGUGACUUGAAGGACCGUUGCCACACUGACGAACGUGACUUGCAUUUUACGCAAGUCUCUCGUGCCACACUUGAAAGAGAGGAAUUUGGGCAGCGAGAAGAUGAACCAAAGGAGGAACAACAAGAAUUGACCGAACAGGUGGAGGAACAGGAGCACUUGACUGAGUGCAGGAAUACGUGCCGUGGGACUACGCAGGUUAUACUUGCUGCAUCUGGAAAUGAGAUAUACGAUGGGCAAAAGGAGGGGCAGUUGGAGAAGAAGGAGCAGGUGGAAGUGGAAGAACAGGUGGAGAUGGAGCAACUAGAGGAGGAGAGGAGGAUGUGCUGUGGUUCGUUGUACGCUUCCCUCAGCAGCAGUUGCAGCAGGUGCUGUACCAAAGAAGACGUGCGCGCAGCACCAGCGGAUGAAGCAACUUUUCUUCCAGUGGAAUCUAAAAAACACACCUAA